GCCAAUUUCCACGCGCACCACCAACGCGCACCAAUAGAAUUCAAAAGUUAUCCAGCACUCGGGUGGGGAUUGAACCUCGUGGUCUCCAAGUGCUCGAGGUACAACCGCCAGAGCUCAGAAACACCAGAAACAGUCGGACCUUCUCACCGUGAGCAUCAGAAAAAUAUCAAGAACAAUUUUCAAUUACAUAAUUACCACCAAGAAAUAUCCAAACUCAAGCCAUCGAAAAAAAAAAAAAAAAACCGGCAAAUCCAGUGAAAAAUAUUGAAGUGAAUCGACUAAAUUGAAAUCAAUCGAUCAGAAUCAGUUGGAAUUAAGGUGAAGCUAAGGCGGGGUUUUCAUUUUUUCAUUUUUCGUUUUGAAAAGUUUUGUGAAAUCCAUCAAAAUUACGCCGAAACGGUGUAAAAUGCUGGCAGCGUCGAUCCGCCGAGAAGUUCAUUUGGGUAAUAUUUUACCCACGAGGAUGCAAUCGCGUGUGCCUCGGUGUCUCUUUGGGCCUCCAAAUCCUAAAGAAACCGUGGAAUUACUCCAGGAAGCACUGGACAUGGAGAGGAGCAGGUUCAUGAGUCGAUGGGGUGUUGAUCCACAUGAAGAGGACAAGGAAAAUUUCCAGAUUAUCAAGUGCGAGGGAAAAUCGCCGAGGAAAAGUAGGAGUAUUCCUUACAACAAACAAACUAGCAUUCACGAUGCCAGAAGUUGUGGAGAUCUCGGGUCUUUAUUCUGGAGCUCUCAGGAGGCAGUUGGAGUACUGGAGUUAGAGGACUGGGGGAAAACUACAAAGAGAAUGGAGCAAGGUGUACACCAGAUUACUGGAGAUCGAGGAAAUUGUGUGAUGUCAACAAUAAAAGAUCUUUAGUCUCAGCAUCAGAUAUGACGUCACAGGACCCGAAGCCCCAGAAUUGAUAAAUGCAAUAGGACAGAUACGUUAUUGAUCGAGGCGAAAGUCAUUGAUGCCAUUGGGAUCUUUCAUCCCAUAUCAUCGCAGUGAUUAACGAUUUUCGGCUAUUUAUUAUUGAUUAUUAUUGAUGAAACAAACUGUAUAUUUAUUUUUCUUCCCAUUCAAUCAUGUAUCAGACUAGAUGUAUUCAUUUUAUACGUUAUGUAUUCUUGUCUUUAGCUUUUUGUAAAUAACUUUUCGAGUGAUUAGUGGAGGUUUGGAUGGACUAUCGUGAGACUUUUAUCAUCGAUUUGUCAAAUUCUGAUCUUUACGCGAUGUUUAUACCUCUCGUGGGGGGCAGAAUCAUUAUUAAAUGGCUUAUUCGAAUGUUGAACAAUUAUUGAUUGCAUUAUUCGUUGCACUUUGGAUCCUCGUCUCACGAUAUUCUCAUCGGAAGCCUGAAACGGUUGAUUAUUCAUUGAAGUCAACGAUGCAGCGCCUCCAAAGACUAAUUAACUGAUUGAUUCUAUAUCAAUAAUGGAUUAUGAAAGUCCGCAUAAACCUUGUUCCUUUUUUAUUGGGUUAAUGUGAGUACGAUGGAAAUCUGACUCUAGGAUUAUAUCAAUUCUAGUCAAUUAUGUUUAAGGCUUAAUCGAUUUAAUAAAAUAUUGCAAGAUUUCAUUGAA